AUGAAUGAACCAGAUAGUACUAAUUUGGAUGCUUUGGAAAAUGAAGUUCAAUUUUAUAGGCAAAAUCAGACUAUAGUUGAGCAAGAGAUUAGAACAUUAAUUGCUGAUAACCAGAAGUUGUCUCAGCAAGUUGGAAGUCUGUUAAAAGAGAAAUUGCAGUUUGCUCAGCAGGCCCAUGACAGCGAUCAAACCAAGGAGCUGGAAGAAUUAAAGAAACAAGUGUGUUUGCUAACCAAGGAAAGAGAUUCAUUAAAUGUUCUGUGGCAAACAUCACAGAAAACUGUUGAGGCACUAGAUGUAGAACUGAAGACAUAUCAAAAUUAUGACAACAGAAGAGCAAGUCAAAACACUAAUGGUGAUAACAGAGAUUUAGACCUAAAACUUAACACAGCUCUAGCAGAUUAUGUUGAAUUAGAAUCUAAAUAUAAGAAAAUGCAUUCUGAAUGUAAUUCACUUCAAACUGAAUUAAAAAACAAAGAAAAUGAAAUUGCAUCUUACAAAGAAAGAGGCAAAGAAUUGGAAGAAGAAUUAACAGAAAUUAAAAAAUCGCUAGAAGAUCAUAAAAUAAAUCUGUCUGCAGAAAUCAAAAGUCAUGCGGAUAUAAAAUCUCAACUACUCUUAUGUCAAAAACAAUGUGUAGAUCAUAUUAAGAAAGAAUCGGAAGCAAAAUCCAAGGUUGCAGAAGCAUUACAACUCUACGAUUUGGUUUCAGUACAAAAGAAUGAAGCUUACAAAAAGAUUGGAGUCAUAACAGGGGAGUUGAAUUCAUUGAAACAAACACUAUUGAAUGUUCAACGUGAUACUGAAACAAAAUAUAGAAAAGAAUUAGAUGAAAUUAAGGAGAAAUACAAUGAAAAAGUUUCUGAUAUGCUUGAACAUAUUAGAAACCUGGAUGCUGAAAUUGUAGAAAAAGGUCUUUUAUUAAAUAAAACCUUAAGAGAUAAUAGAAUAUUGCAAGCUACAAAUCAGAAUCAUUUAAAACUUCAGCAAAAUAAUUUGAGUUCAGUUGAUCCAAAGUUGGCUCUUGCUGAACAAAGACUGGAAGCUAUGUUCCAAGAAUUGGUGGCUUCAGAGCGUCGCAACAUACAGCUUGUUUGUGAGAAACAAUCCUUAGCUAUGGACAUAAAGCGAAUUCAAGACAUAAACACUAGAGAAACGAAAAGACGCGACUGGGAAGAGAAUCUAAUGAAGACACAGAUUGAUGAACUAAAAUUAAAAGUGGAACACCUUCAAAAAUCUUUGGAAGAAACACAUGAAAUGAUCUAUAAACUGCAAUCUAUGCUGUCUUUAAGAGCUGAAUCAAAUCAAAAAAUGGUUACAACAAAAGAAAAUGAAUUGAUGGAACUGAACAAACAUUUAAAAAAUCAAAUGGAGCUCAAUAAAAAAUGGAAGGAUUCAUAUUUGGAUAUGACUGACAAAUUAAAAACAAAACUAGAUGCUUUAGACAAAGAAAAUAAAGAAUUAAGGAUCCAAUUAAAUUUACCUCACAUACACUCAUUAAAUCACGAGAGUAGCAGCAGUUUAUGACUUAGAAACACAUUUCCAUAACAGUGCAAUAUUAGUUUAUUAAAUGAUUAAGUUUUUAAUUUU